ACACAGAGACUCGGGUAAAAAGCCGCUUUGGACUUUCCAGGUCGUUUUUUUUCGUCUCGGGACAGUGGGGCGUUCCAGGCAGAGAAACCGGAGGAGGACUGUUUUAAAUUCUCACGGUAAAACCUUCACACCAGACUGAAAUAUCCACCUGACAGAGCUGCGCAAAUCUUGAUGUGAUUUUUGUCUAUCACCUGAAGUCUUGCGUCUAAUCGAGAAGACCCUGCUUGGACACUGUCAGAGGUGUCUGCAGAAGCUCAGAAGAAAUCAUAAAAAUAUUAUCAGACCAAAGGAGCCCCCCAGUGUCUGACUGACAGUGCUGAACUCCUUCUAACAAUCUGUGCCCUGAUUCCACUGCAGAGACUACUGCCUCGGUAGAAGUAUGGUUCACUUCGAGACUUGGUUCUUCAAGGGGCUUUUGAGUUUAAUCUGGGUAUUACCAGUCUGGAUGGACUCUACACGGCCGAUAUUCUGCAAUUCUGUGGAAGCUUUGCGGAACAAGCUUAAUAUCACGUUAAGGAAACGAUACUUGAAAUAUAACUUUCCUAUUAACUACACCAUUCAAGUUCAAUAUGAGGAGAUCUUCAGAAUGCACAACAUCAGCAGGCUGAUGAAUGGAACACAACCUGUAAAUGAAACACAUCUACAGUGGCUGUGGUUUGAGGUGACCAGGAGAGGCAUAAAACAUAUUUUGGAUGUGUUGCCAGAGAGACACCCAACACGAUGUAAAUACUUGAAUAAUGUUGAAUCAAUCUUUAAGGACCUUGAGAAGAUAUAUUCGACACAGAAACCAGAAGAGGUGGAUAUGCCGGAAAGCAUAGAGAACAUUUAUGAGCGCUUACUAGAAGAGAAUGGGCGGAGAUCUGUCACACCCAAAUCCCUACUCGACAACUGUUAUCGGACCAUGCACUGUCUAUUCAAAAACGAUUGCUUCUCAGAGGAUGAAAAUCGAGAUGACUACUGCAACAGUCAUCACUGGAAAAAAAGAAAGGGAACAUAGGAAUAUAGGGAUCGUGUUCCUUGAAUAAGGAUUUGAAGAAGCAUGCAGGGACAUGCAGGGAAUAAAGACUCACGAAGCUGUUGAUCAUGAGAUCACAAGCCAUCUACUCAACCCUUCUAUUCAACAGUCUUACAGUACUUCAACAGAAGAGAAGAAUUUACUGCUUAUUUCUGUUAUAUGUCAUGUAACACAAAUGCAGAACAUGUGUCCACUCAGAAUUCUAGCAGCUAAAUGCUUAUAUUAUAACAUAUUCUGUAAUUAGGAACGUUUGUGACUAUGGCUAACUAUAUACACUGCCUGACCAAAAAAAAGGUCACACACUCUAAUAUUUCGUUGGACCGCCUUUAGCUUUGAUUACGGCACGCAUUCGCUGUGGCAUCGUUUCCACAAGCUUCUGCAAUGUCACAACAUUUAUUUCUGUCCAGAGUUGCAUUAAUUUUUCCCCAAGAUCUUGUAUUGAUGAUGGGAGAUUUGGACCACUGCACAAAGUCUUCUCCAGCACAUCCCAAAGAUUCUCAAUGGGGUUCAGGUCUGGACUCUGUGGUGGCCAAUCCAUGUGUGAAUACGAUGUCUCAUGCUCCCUGAACCACUGUUUCACAAUUUGAGCCCGAUGAAUCCUGGCAUUGUCAUCUUGGAAUAUGCCCGUGCCAUCAGGGAAGAAAAAAUCCAUUGAUGGAAUAACCUGGUCGUUCAGUAUAUUCAGGUAGUCAGCUGACCUCAUUCUUUGGGCACAUAACGUUGCUGAACCUAGACCUGACCGACUGCAGCAACCCCAGAUCAUAGCACUGCCCCCACAGGCUUGUACGGUAGGCACUAGGCAUGAUGGGUGCAUCACUUCAGCAUAUCGCCUCUCUUCUUACCCUGAUGCGCCCAUCACUCUGGAACAGGGUAAAUCUGGACUCAUCAGACCACACGACCUUCUUCCAUUGCUCCAGAGUCCAAUCUUUAUGCUCCCUAGCAAAUUGAAGCCGUUUUUGUGAAGUGGUUUUCUUAAGGCUACACAGCUGUUUAGUCCCAAUCCCUCGAGUUUCCUUCACAUUGUGCGUGUGGACAUGCUCUUACUUUCACUAUUAAACAUCCCUGAGUUCUACUGGAGUUUUUCUAUGAUUUGAUUUCACCAAACGUUUAAGUGAUCGCAAUCACGAUCAUUCAAGAAUUUAUUCCGACCACAUUCCUUCCUCAAAGAUGAUGUUUCCCCACUGUCCUUCCACUUUUUAAUAAUGCGCUGGACAGUUCUUAACCCGAUUUUAGUCGUUUCAGCUAAAUCUCCUUAGAUGUUUUCUCUGCUUGAUGCAUGCCAAUAAUUUGACCCUUCUGAAACAUUAACAUCUUUUCCACGACCACAGGAUGUGUCUUUCCACAUGGUUGUUUAACAAAUGAGAAGAAGCUACUCACUGCAUCAGUUAGGGUUAAAUAACUUGUUGCCAGCUGAAACAUACUCACCCAUGCAGUAAUUAUCAAAUGGGAGGCUCUUAUUUGCUCUAUUUGCUUAGUUAAAUCCAGGUGACCUUUUUUUGGCCAGGCAGUGUAUAUAUUUAUAGUGUGUUGUGAUUGUGUAAAGGUGACAGAAGUCUUUAUGUAUAAAUUGCUUGCAGAUGUUUUGCUGACUGCUGGCUUAGUCAGCAAAUUCCUUUUUCUUCGCUGUGCGCCUGGAUAUAAGCUUUAAAAGUAAGCGUUCACAGUAAAACCUUUGUUAGGAAAAAGUGCGUAUGCUUUUUUAUGAGUUAUUUAUUUCGAGAAUGUUCUCCGUGUUGUUGGUAAAGUGAACGUCUCCCCCUUGUGUUCAUUUUGUGUAUUGUGUAUACGAGAACGACUGAUCGUUGUGCUUUAAAAUUAGUAUUUUUACGUUCAUGUAGUAGCAUACUAGUUUUAAUAAACAUAUUUUCAUACAGCAAACAUUAUAAUAUAUAACAAUAAUAAAAUACAAGCCACAAUUACAAGCAAUUUUGAUAGUGUUGAAGCCAAUGAUUAAGCAGUGAUGGAGGUUUUAAUGGUUGUGAUUGUGCUAGAAAUUGAAAACACUGUUACUUCUGUGCUGUAAUGUAUUCUGUUCCAAGGAUGUAUUCCUGCCUUGUACCUAGUAAUGAAUACAUUAAUAAAGGAAUAAAUUAAUGAA